GCAUGGGGCCUAUCGUAGUCACAAAAUGAUUCAACUCUCUCGACGCCUGGCGGCGUCUGCGCCAACCCCGUUGUCUGAAAACAUUGUAUUCAGACGGAUAGUCAAGCCUAGAUGGGUAAUUGAACCGCCAAACUAUACUAGGACCCCGCUGUGGAAGCAGUUCUUCGAAGGCCAAUUUGCCAGCCGAAACUUCUUCAUAUUCGGUGGAACGUGGACAGCUAUCGCAUCAUUCGGAUUUAUGGCAUGGUAUUCCAGGAUUUUCGACACUCCGCCCAGGGAAAGACUUGAUCGUUACUGGUUCAACUCACCUAAAUUCCGCAUCCUUAGUGCAUUUUAUAACCCGGGGAAACGCCCAGGUGCUACUAUAUCUAUGAUGACCUACGAGGUACGCUACUUUGACAAGGGCAAUGACCAUCCCUUCAAUGUUAAUGAAAUCAAGGACUACCUUUUCAAACUCAAAGAAAAUUAUCUUAUUGAGAAUCACCCGGGCGUUCAAUACCCACAUGUCUUUAGACAACACAGUAACGUGAAGACACCUGCGAAAUUUGUGGUCAACCUUCACUGACACUAUUAUAUAAUGUCAUCUAACAUAU